GAAACCCCUCUUUCAUUUUUCUCUUUCGGAGCCUCAUCGUCCACACAGUCUCGUGUGUCUCACUGAACGUCUCGUUGCCCUGCAGACUUCGCUUCUGGGGAGCUUCGAUUCUUCGGUUGAGAAGGGUAACGACGAAAGAUCAUUGAAUUCCAGCACCAGUAUAUUAGUCUUAUUGGAUGGCAAUCGUACCUUUUGGUAGUACAUGGGUGGCUCGGUAUGGACUUCAGCCUCAGCUUCUACCAAGGUCCUCCACUACAACUAACUUAUCAACAUCAGCACUUCGCAGUUUGCCGAGUAAGAUAAGAGCAUUGGCAUCACCAAGUUCAAGCCUUUUUUCUCAAGAAUCUUUGCAUGAGCUUUUCAAUUCAUUGUCAUACAAGAAUCCAUGUCAAAGGAGAGGCACCCGAUUCAUCGUUAGGGCUGAUAAGGACUACUAUUCUGUUCUUGGUGUAUCCAAAAAUGCCAGCAAACCAGAUAUUAAAAGUGCUUAUCGAAAGCUUGCAAGGAGCUACCAUCCCGAUGUAAACAAAGAACCUGGAGCGGAACAGAAGUUCAAGGAGAUAAGCAAUGCUUAUGAGGUGUUGUCGGAUGAUGAGAAACGUUCAAUUUAUGACAGGUAUGGGGAGGCUGGGCUAAAAGGUUCUGGCAUUGGCACGGGGGAUUUCAGCAACCCCUUUGAUUUGUUUGACUCAUUAUUCGAUAACCUGGGCGGUAUGGGUGGCAUGGGUAUGGGGGGAAGGGGGUCAAGAAACCGAGCCAUGGAAGGUGAAGAUCAAGUGCAUAACCUGGUUUUAAAUUUUAAAGAAGCCGUGUUUGGGGUUGAGAAGGAGAUUGAAAUAAGUAGGCUUGAAGCCUGUAGCACCUGUGAUGGAUCGGGUGCAAAACCAGGCACUAAGGCAUCGACGUGUAAAACUUGUGGUGGGCAAGGGCAAGUUGUGUCGUCCGCUAGGACCCCACUAGGCAUCUUCCAGCAGGUGAUGACGUGUUCUUCUUGUAAUGGCACAGGGGAGAUCUCUACGCCCUGCAACACUUGUAGCGGUGAUGGCAGAGUAAGGAAGUCGAAACGGAUAAGCCUGAAAGUUCCCCCCGGUGUAGAUUCCGGUAGCCGCCUGAGGGUUCGCUCUGAAGGCAAUGCAGGAAAGAGAGGUGGAGCCCCGGGGGAUCUUUUCGUGAUCAUAGACGUUCUACCCGACCCUGUACUAAAAAGGGACGACACCAACAUUCUCUACACUUGCAAGCUGUCUUAUGUUGACGCUAUUCUGGGCACAACAACAAAGGUUCCAACGGUCGAUGGGGAGGUCGAUCUAAAGGUUCCGGCUGGCACCCAACCAGGGACAACAUUAGUAAUGGCCAAAAAAGGCGUGCCUCUUCUGGGCAAACCCAACAUGAGGGGUGACCAGCUGGUGCGCGUCCAAGUUGAGAUCCCAAAACGGCUGAGUAGCGACGAGAGAAAGCUCGUAGAAGAACUUGCCAACUUGAGCAAGGGCAAAACUCCAACUAGUAGCAGGAGGUAGUAAAUCGCCCUUCCAAAAGCUUUCACUCUCAACUUUCAAGAGCUUUGUGGAAAACAUAGGGGUCGCGAUUCUCAAAUUUCGCUGUGAUUUCUCAGUCUACAUACAACUGCAACUAGUUGUAGUGAAAUUUUGUCUUUGAUUUUCAUACUGUUACUAGAUUUGGAUGAAACUGUUGAUUAGUUUGUUAAUGUACUAUUGACAUUUAGCAUUACAUCUAUGCUCUUGCUUUUUGGAUCAUAUAAUUAUUUUAUUUGAUUUGAAAUCCAACUGUAAAAUAAGAUUGAUUACCCAAGUA